AAAAAACAAACAAACAUUGCAGGUUAAUUAAACUGUCUGAUAAAUCAUGUCUGUGAACUCUGCAAUAAAACCAUUUCCCUCUGGUACAUGAACACUGACCAACAUGUCAACAAACUACUGAUUAGUCUACAUCAGUUGAGCAAGACUCUGUAUUGAGCAGGCAGCACUGUUGACAGAUGCUGGGAGAGGAGUUGUGAUUGGUCCGUGGCGGUGGGUGUUUCCGCAUUCCGCAAAGAGCUGUCAGCAGAAGCGCAAGUUGGAGAGGGGACUGUCGCGUCUGAGAAGAAACCUCUUCAGUCAUACCCAGGGGAAUAACGGUCCACAGCCAGGGAGGAGGGAUGCCUUACAUGCUCAUCAGCACGCAGAUAAGACUGGAGAGUGGUCCAACAAAUGUGGGAGAUGAAUAUUCUGAUCCAGCACUCAUGAAUUACUUGGGAGCAAGGAAAACAACUAUGCUGGGAAACAAUUUUUCCGAGUACCAUGUGGACGACCCACCUCGGUUGGUGUUGGACAAGCUGGAGAAGAUUGGCUUCCGCGUAAUGACAAUGACGGGAGUGGGACAGACGCUGGUGUGGUGCCUUCACAAGGAGACAGACUGAUUGAUCAUGGAGCGAGUGUUGACUGUAUACAAAUACCUCUAUAAGCCUUUAAAAGGUGAAUGAAACAUGCUGAAGAACUUAAUCGACUUUUUUUUUUUUUUUUUUUUUAACAGGUUCUUUCCUGUAUAUUCAAUGUAUAGGCUGUUAAAAAUCAGCCUAUUGUCAAAUGAAAAUGUUUUUUAAAAAUUGAGAUUAUCCGAGACGUAAGGUUUCAGAUUAUAUUGUUUAGGUUAUAGGUCACCAAUUUCCAAACCACAUUUCAGAGCUUUUGUAAGACCCAUUGCCAAUAUUGUUUGUUUACUGUUUGUUUACUAGUGGUGAACAAGCGUACAAGUGAUGGCCUGUUUUACUGUUAAUAUGUAAUUUGGCAGUAGGACUUGAUUAAAGACAAAUAUAAAAGAUUUCAUCUCAUACAAAAAGCCUCACCCUGCUCCCUACAAACAACUAUGCUAGAUAUAUUUGUGUAAAGAUGUUUUUGUUAGUGUAUCAUAUGCUUAUGAUUAAAUGAUGUAAUGAUGUGAA